CUUCUCGUCUGCCCUUCUCUCGUCUACGCGGAUGCUCUCACCGACCUCCAGAGUCUGAAGGAUACCAUCAACGAUGCAGCCAAGACUAUUGGUUCACCGGAUAAUCCUGGGAGAGGUUGGGGGCUGUUGCCUCCUAAAGGUGUGCCUGGCACCGCAGAUUUGGUACAGAACAUCACGAAUUCGGUGUUGAAGAUCAAGUUUAAUCUCGACAGUGAGAGGCUCAGCUGGCUCAACGGUACAAAUCCGAUCGUCAAUGGAACAAUACCUACUAUCACAACUAGUGCAGCACCUUCGAGAUUGCCGACCAGUACUCUCCUUUUCCCUACAGGCCCAUCCAGUGCGCCCAUGAUUCCACCUAGUGCGCCGAAUGGACUUCCUCCCAACUUACCUCCAACCGCCAACCUCACGGGCGUUAGUCUCGACAAUCCUUAUCUUGAUUACAUCACAGCGAUACCAACACUCUCCGGAGCGCUCAUCGACCUGGGUCGAGCAUGGCACCGUGAGAUGAACACACCAGUCCGCCAAGCGGUUCAAGGACUUCAGCUAUCAAUCAAUGCAUUCUCAACGUCGCUCUUAGAAUCGGACCUGAUCCACUCAAAUGCCACGAUUCGCACGAUCCGAGCGAGCACGUCGCUUGAGAAUGCAAAGCUCGCGUGGAGUAGGUUGUUGAAUUUCCCGGGA